UAAUUAACCUCACUUUUUCUUUUUUUCCGACUGAUUAAAUAAAAUUGCAGUAGCAGCAAAAACAGUGGCGGCAGAAUCAUUCAUUCCCCCCUACUACUGUUGAGUGUUAAUGGCCUCCAAGACCGCCGUUAUUGCAUGGGGUUCAGGGGAAGAUGGGCAACUAGGGAUUGGGAACAAUGAAGAGAGAGAAUGGGUCUGCACAAUCACCGCCCUCCGCUCUGAAAACGUCCGUUCCGUCGUCGCCGGCAGCCGCAAUUCCCUCGCCAUUUGUGAUGACGGCAAGCUGUUUACAUGGGGAUGGAAUCAAAGAGGGACACUAGGGCACCCGCCGGAAACCAAAACCGAAAAUGUUCCUAGUCAAGUUAAGGCUCUUGCCAAUGUCAAAAUUGUCCAGGCUGCAAUUGGUGGUUGGCAUUGCUUGGCUGUUGAUGAUCAAGGCCGUGCCUAUGCGUGGGGUGGAAAUGAGUAUGGGCAGUGCGGCGAAGAGCCUGAGCGUAAAGAUGAUUCAAGCAGACCGGUUAGAAGAGAUAUUGCCAUUCCACAGAGAUGUGUGCCAAAACUUACAGUUCGUCAGGUAGCUGCUGGUGGCACACACUCGGUUGUUCUAACGCGGGAAGGACAUGUUUGGACAUGGGGUCAACCAUGGCCACCUGGAGACAUAAAGCAAAUUUCAACUCCAGUUCGAGUGCAAGGUCUUGAUAGGGUAAAAGUGAUUGCAGUUGGAGCUUUUCACAAUUUGGCACUUCUCGAUGAUGGAACUGUUAUGGCAUGGGGAAGCAACGAGUAUGGCCAACUUGGAACCGGUGAUACACAGCCUCGCUCACAACCUAUUGCUGUUCAGGGGCUUUCUGAUCUUAAUUUGGUUGAUAUUGCUGCAGGAGGAUGGCAUUCUACUGCUCUGACUGAUGACGGGGAGGUGUAUGGCUGGGGCAGAGGUGAGCAUGGCAGGCUUGGAUUUGGAGACGACAAGAGCAGCAAAAUGGUUCCUCAAAGGGUUCAACUUCUUGUAGGCGACGGAAAUCUUUCUCUUAUUCGUGUGCAGGUUUCUUGUGGAGGCACUCACUCCGUUGCAUUUACACGAGAUGGCCGCAUAUACUCGUUUGGAAGAGGGGACCAUGGUCGUUUAGGGUAUGGAAGAAAGCAGACGACAGGUCAUCCAGCAGAAGUGCCCAUAAACAUCCCACCUCCAAAGGAUUUUACUGAAAGCAGCGCUGCAGAAGGGCGUUGGUGCUCUACGCUCGUUGCGUGUGGGGGCCGCCAUACAUUGGCGGUUAUGGAAUGGCGUGGUCAUGAAUCGGAGCAGCUCUUAUAAACUUUGGACAACGAAAGCAGCCCUCUAGAAAAAUCAAAGGUUGGAGGGACUUGGAUUCAUUUUGCAAGUAGUUAGCUUAUGUUGUUUAUGUUCUCUUGCAAGAGUCUGUCUGAAUGUUAAUUUAGACAAAGCAAACUGAGGAUUGCAGUUUGUAACUUUCGAACUUUUAUUACGUUAAAUUUUCGAACUUUUAGUAAAAUCUUAUCCACUUCAUCAACACACACA